UGCUGAACAACCGACCGGUGAUUGUGAAAUGGUGGACUCGAGGAUUCAAUUUUAAUGACGAAGUGCUGUGGACCAUUCCUCUAUGGGUUUUUGUAAACUUCAUCUACAAUGGGUAGGGGAACAGGAAGUUUCGGUAAGAGGAGGAAUAAGACUCACACAAUAUGUGUGAGAUGUGGUCACCGUAGUUUCCAUCUCCAGAAAAGUCGUUGUUCUAAUUGUGCAUAUCCUGCUGCCCGUAAAAGAUCAUACAACUGGAGUAUGAAGGCAAUCCGCAGAAAAACAACUGGUACUGGCCGUAUGAGGUACCUCUGUAACGUCCCUCGCAGAUUCAAGACCAAUUUCAGAGAAGGAACUGAAGCAACUCUAAGGAAGAAGGCUGCCGCUUCUACUUGAAUCCCUUCGAGAGAGUAAUUGUGGAGGGUACUUUUGAUUACAUUAGCUUAAUUUGGGUUUUUGAUUAUUAGAGAGCUGAGAAAAUUUUUGGGAAGCUUUUGUCCAGGGUUUGAUGCUCAGUCUAAAUUAGAGUUAUUUAUAUUUUGGAAAUGUGUUGUUGAAAUUACCAUUUUGAUAUAAAUGGGUUUUAUUUUAUAGUGCUUUCUAUUUUUGGUUGCUUAUCCUGUUCAUUUUCUUAUGUUUUCCUGGAAGUUGAGAAUUGAGGUUUAAAAAAAAAAAA